AUGUUUCCCCCAGAAGAGCAGGUCGAGGGCUUUAAAACGCUUCCGGAUCAAAAUGCUCACUCUCGGGACUGUUACGCUUUUGGGAAGUUGGUGGAGACCCUCGUGUCUCUCCUGAAUAGCUGUGCUUCACCUGUCCAUAUCGUUGGAGGCUGCCACCCUCAUGUGGCCCAACCUUCAAAAGUCUUGAAUCUGUGCCCCAGACCACCAGAGACCAAAGGCCUGGUCCUGGGUCACAUGGGCAGCUUAGCAGGGAGUAGGGAGACGCCACAAAGUGACCCGCAGCCAAUAAAAUCAGAUGUCAGUAGACAGAUGUCUCUCCCGUUAAAUGGCUUUCGCCAGGACAGUGAGAUGGAGCCGCUGUCUUACAGCCCAGAGCAGACUGGCGGACGAGAGGGUCCAGUGGAAGACUGGCCUGACUCCGAAGAGAACGAGAAAAGAGACGGGCAGGCAGUCCAGAUCCACAUUCAGGCCUCGGAGAGAGAAAAUCCAGGCGGCGGCAGACUGCCACUCUCGCACGCCAACAUGGACGAGGAGCCGUGGGACGACUUUGAGGGAACCGAACCCACCUCGGAUCUUUCCCCUACGGCUCCUUUAUCAGACCCGGUUAUACUCGCACCACCCAGAGGGGGCGCCAACAGACCUGCUAAUUAUGCUCCUGAAGUACUGAAACUGGGCUCCUCCAAACCGCUCAAAUUGACCUCAGCACUGCGACAAUCUGCACAGAGCACGACCGCGUCCUCGCUGGGCGACGGCUGGGCUCAAGACGACGGAGACGCGGAGCAAUGGCACAACCCAUUGAACCCCAAGACCAAACCUACAGUGUCACGGAGGAUUAGUGGCCGAGGAGGUCUGGGGGAGGAGUUCACCAUUAAGGUGAAGCGAAAGGAAGCGCCAGACCCCGACCUGGAUUUGUUUGCAGACAUGGUGCCGGACAUCAAACUGUCCUCUCCGGCUCUGCUGCCGCUGGACCAGAGCGGAGCGAGUGAUGCCGGACUAUCGGAAAACUGUAACUCUCUGCAGGCUGACUCGACCAUCGAUGCCGCGACGCUCACCGCCAGGUUCGCAGUGGACAACCUGACUGAGGUGGGUGUGCGUGGUGGGGUUUUCAUACAGACAUUUAAAUAUGUUUAAAGCAGCCAUUUCUUAUAACUGUCAACGACUUCACUCAAAACAAAAUAUUUUUCAACUAUAAUCUUUUUGACAUCGAAACCGAGUGGGAACCUUUUUCUCUUGUGGUCCCUCAAAAGGCAGCAAUGCUUAUCAAAAUCUCCUUUUAACCCUUGUGUUGCCUUAGGGUCAUUUUGACCCGAAUCAAUAUUACACCCUCCCCCCGCCUUUGGGUCAUUUUGACCCGAUUCAAUGUUUCACCCUCCUGUUACCUUUAUAUUUACUAACAUAUUUUACCCUUUGGGUUCAAUUUGACGCCAGCAAUUAAAACCUCCAGAAAAUUAUUAGAAUUAAUAUUGUUUUCCAAGUUUAAGUGUGAGGCACUUUAUGUUUGUUUGUUGACUACCGAAAGAACACCGACAUUAAACAUUGAAUGGGGUCAAAUUAAUCCUAAGGCG